UUAUUUUCAGGAUAAGGAAAUUUAAUUUUAAUAUAUGUUUUGAGAUUCUCAACAGUACGAGAAAAGGAUGAAGUUCGCUCUGAUAUUUUUGACGAUUCUGAUGACUUUCGGGCAACGAUGCUAUUCUCAAGAAACUACUGCGAUGGUCUCACAGGAAACUACACCGGAGGUCAUUGAAGGUAGCGGAACUGAAGAACCACCUACAUGUCCUCCAGAUUAUUGUGUUGCCGGUACGUGUUCAAUUGUAGGCGGCGAUCCCAUGUGUACCUGUCAGGAAGGAUACAUAGGCGAGAAAUGCGAUUCCAAAGGGUGUCAGGAAAAACAAGAGAAAGUCAGCAACACCGUAAUUGAUUCAAACUCCCUUUGCAAUAACUCGGAUCCAAGCAACAACACAAUUCAGGUUACAUUCUCGGCCACUGAACUUGGUUCGUCGUCAGCAUCUAAUACUUCCUGCACCACUUGCGAUAACUUGUUAACGCCGAUUGGACGAAGUCAAUGCAUUGAAGUCGACGGAAAGGCUACUUGGAGCACAGAUCCAUCAUGGAUCAAUUGUGGUUCCACCACUGAAGAUCGAGAACCAGAGGAAAAUGCAGAUAUUUACGCUGCAGUGACCUCAGACACCAGCAGCAUAACUGGGGAAGUAGCUGAUGACUCUAUUGCUGUUAUUUCUGAAGUUUCCAACGCAACAACAGUCACCCAAAAUACUGCCGACGACGUCCUCACGAUUACAAACAAUCUUCUGCAGGCUACGAAUCAAGAUGCGCAAAGUACUGUUUCUGAUAACUCUGACGUAAUUUUACAAUCCAUCGAUAAUACAGCGGAAAGAGUUGAACUGUCAUCUGCUGGGAGCUAUGAUAGCUAUGAGAACACGCAAUCAAAUAUAGCCUUUUCUGUAGUCGGACAAUCGUCAACCGCUAGAGCAUUUACAGUUGGUACCACAUACUAUUACGGACCAAGUGGAGAUUGGGAUGCGUCUUAUAAUCUAGCAGCCUCGUCCCUUUCUCUAAGGGAAGGGACCACCCCAGUAGCUACAUCCAGUUACAUCAGCUCAACUGUAAAAGACAUCAACGAACGUAUCUCAUUUAAAAUUUACUCGGAUGCAAAUGAAAUAUUCACCACUCUACCUACCAACGUCAUUUCUGUAAAUGUCGUUUUUUCUGUGAGCGGAGGAGAAAAUUUUGUAUUAAACUUCAAGACCACUGAGAACCUGGGGUCUGCAUGGCAAGACAACUACAAUGUAACCAAUAAUGGAACUUAUCGAGUGACGGAACGAGUUCAAUGCAUGCUGUGGAAUAGAGAUAAUGAAUGGAUUGACGGUAAUUGCGACACAUAUGCAGGAGACGGAACUUAUGCGUCCUGCCGUUGCCAACAAAGUGGAGAAUACUUAAUGAGAACUUAUGAAGUUGUCAAUAAAAUUGAUCAAGGACUGUCAGGCGGAGCUAUAGCUGGAAUCGUAGUUGGAUCUUUGAUAGGCGCGGCGUUAAUUGGCGGGGCAAUUUAUUACUUUGCAUUCCAUAAAAAGGCACAAAAGAAAAAGACACAGGUGAACCCUUCCACUGGCAAUUUAAACAAUGAUCAUGAAAUGCAAGCGCAUGCUAAUGACGCCGCUGACAAUGAUGAUUGAUAAAAAGGCAUUUGCAUACGAAAGAACUACCAAAUUAUGAUUUUUGUAUUGGGACAUUUCAUCUUUUUACUGUUCAUUCGUAAUACGGCAUUUUAUAGAUACUAGACAUACUCACGCGCACUUAGCUUACACCUGGUAAUAUAUUCUGUGGUCACACACCUGGCAUUUCCGUCCUAAUCUAAAACAAAUAUUUUUCAAGUGUACUUUGCUCUGUGAAAGUUAUUUUUUUAAAUAGUUAAAUAUUAUUACAUGGUGCCCUAACAAUGAAUUAGAGUUUCCACUGAAAGCUAAUUUUGCAAAUUCGCACUUUGCUUUAAUAAUGAGUACUUAUGAUUUAUCUAGAUAUAGAACAAUCUAUUUUCGUACGGGGAGAGACAUAAUCAGUCAUAUACAUUGAACACGAUAAGAUUACCCUUUUUAAAUGUUCUAAUGUCUAAUGGAUACAAACAGUUCGGAACAGUUCAUACGAUAGAUAAUUCUAAUUUUGUAUUUGUGAGACAAUUUGGCUAAACGAAAGAUCACCAAAAAAAUGUUUUUUUUUAAUGAAUUUAUUUUUAUCUAUUGCAUAUUCAUCUGAGAUCGAAUUUGCAUCAGUAUUAUCAUUGAUUACUUGAGUUGGGAAAUAAACGAAUUAUUUUAAAUAUAUUUACUAGAUUCAUUUGUAAUUUGAGCUGAAUGGCACUGCUUGAAUAUCACACUACAGUGAAACACGUGGCUUUAUUGUGACCGAAUAUCUUUGAGAAAUGAACCAUGUUUUCUAUUUGAACAAUAAAGAUCUGAAUUCAUUAUCUCGCUCACUGUUAUUUUAUGCAAUUCUUAUUCAAUUCAUGAUUAAUUUUCGGUGAUUUGUCAAUGAAUUUUUAUUAUAGGAAGUCCACUGUUAUUUUCUCGUCAAAAGGUUGAAAAGUAGUCUAUAUAUUAUAUACUCAAUAAUUUUGCUCCUUUUUCUAGAGAUUAUUCUCGCAAUGAGCAGACAUUCAUUCAUUUUGGUAACUAUGUUUUGAAUGUCAAAUUAUGAUUUGUGAAGAUUGUAUCUGCUUUUUGUAAAAUAAAAAUAUUAUUCCGUUGUA